GCGAACUGACUUUGACCAAAAACUAAUUGUUAAACAAUUUUUCGGAAGGGGAAAAGAACAAAUUGAACGGCAAGAGUAAACACAGGAAUUCACAAAUUUCUAUGAGAAACAGAUCGCACGACGGUGAAACGAAAGGGGGGAACGCCUUUCCAGCGGACAUCGCAGAAUAGACGACGGGCGACGAGGGACCUCGAAAAAUCGCACGGCAAUCAAUUCGAGUGUGUGCGAAUUGAUUACAAAAAUAAAGGUAUUUCGAGAGCCACAGGCAACACAGGGACCACACCGUCCACUCCCAUCCGCCGGAGUGGGGCCGCCACCUUCGAUAUGUGAUCAUUGGGGCUCCGCGGAGGUUUAUGCAAUGUUCUAGCUCUCGGCCAGUCGGAGGAGAAGCAGCCGGUGGAGCAGAAGAAGAAGGAGCAGGAGGGGCAGGGGCAACGGGCCAGAUGACUGUGACCACCAUGGAGGCACAGGUCAAGGCAGCACACCAUCAUCAUCUACACCAUCCCACGGGCGGAGGAGCCCAGCACAAGGUGGAGGAGGAGGAACCGGAUCCGGUUGAGGACGAGAUGACCGUACUGCUGGCCAAUAAGAACUUUCACUAUGACGUCGCCUCCGAUCUGGACGACGACGCAUUUGUGGAGCUCAAGGAGGACACCGCCCAAGCGGAUGACGCAGGCGCGGGCGUUGGCUUUUACAAUCCGGAUGAACUGCUGCUCGAUGACCAGCCACAUCCGCAAGUCACGUGGCUGGACGACGACGAGAUCGAGACGCUCGAUCGCGUGACGCUGGACAUGGGUAACAUGUUCUUCAAUCGCGUCGACAGCCAGGACAUCAUCUAUCAGCAGAAAAAGAAGAGCAUUAAGAUGGUGGGCAAGUACAUAAUGGGCGAUGUCCUCGGCGAGGGAUCGUACGGCAAGGUGAAGGAGGCCAUGAACUCGGAGAACCUGUGCCGGCUGGCCGUCAAGAUUCUGACCAAGCGGAAGUUGCGCCGGAUUCCCAACGGCGAACAGAACGUGACGCGCGAGAUCGCCUUGCUGAAGCAGCUGAAGCACCGACAUGUCGUGGAGCUGGUCGAUGUUUUGUACAACGAGGAGAAGCAGAAGAUGUACUUGGUCAUGGAGUACUGUGUCGGCGGUCUGCAGGAGAUGAUUGACUAUCAGCCAGACAAGCGGAUGCCGCUGUUUCAGGCGCACGGUUACUUCAAACAGCUAGUCGAUGGCCUGGAGUAUCUGCACAGUUGCCGGGUCAUCCACAAGGACAUCAAGCCAGGCAACCUGCUGCUCUCCCUGGAUCAAACGCUGAAGAUAUCCGACUUCGGUGUGGCGGAGCAACUGGAUCUGUUCGCACCUGACGACACAUGCACGACGGGCCAAGGUUCUCCGGCGUUCCAGCCACCGGAGAUCGCCAACGGACACGAGACCUUUGCCGGCUUCAAGGUGGACAUCUGGUCCAGCGGAGUGACUCUCUACAAUUUGGCCACUGGACAGUAUCCCUUCGAGGGCGACAAUAUCUACCGACUGCUGGAGAACAUCGGACGAGGUCAGUGGGAGGCGCCCGCGUGGCUAUACGAAAUGGACGCGGACUUCGCCAACCUGAUACUCGGCAUGCUUCAGGCUGAUCCCAGUAAACGCCUCUCUCUGCAGGAAAUACGCCACGACACUUGGUUCCGAUCCGCACCGGUAAAGACCGGCCCACCGAUACCCAUUCCCCCCCUGAAGGGCGACAAAUACCGCAACUCCACGGUGAUACCUUACUUGGAAGCUUACCACUACGGCACCCAGGAGGAGGAUGUCUACUUUACAGAGCACGACGUGAACCAGGAGCUCGCCCGCCAAGCGGCAGCUGCUGCCUCCGAAAUUCGGGCCAAACAGUCGGCGGCGGCCCUCGCCGCCUGCCACGCCUACGAGCCGCCCUCCACAAGUGCCGCAGCCUCCAAUUCGCUGGGCAACGGUAGCAGGGAGGAGGCGCCCGUCAAGAAGAAGGGAUCGGCGCUGAAGAGGCGCGCCAAGAAGCUGACGUCCUGCAUCUCCGUGCGCAAGCUGAGCCACUGCCGAACUUCGUAGGCGCCUUAGAUGCCUCCACUACACAUAGAUGCUAAGAUUUAUCGAAAGGAAUAACUUUGUUAACAAAUUGUGAGGAACUUUUUGGUUUUGUUUUCCCGUUUUUUUCUGUUGUCCUACAUUCGCCAAGUAUUUGUAACCAUAGAAUCAUGUAGAAUAUUCAGGCGCAACCUGGUAGCGCCCGAGCAGCAGGAGCAGCAGCGGUCGCAUCAGCAGGAGCAGCAGCAGCAGCCCGCAUCAGCGGAGUUGGCUGGGGAAUUGGGGAGCUAUGGGGGCGACACGAAAGCUAUAUAUCCAUGUGACAAUACUGUGUAUUAUAUGAAACAAAUGAAUGCGUAAAUUAGUCGUUAAUAUAUAUAUGAUGUACUGAAGGCAGCCGAGGAUUGCCGGAGGAGACGGUGCCCAUUGGUUCGUCGCACACAUAAAGAAACAUGUUCAGAUGAAA